GUACUCUGUUAUGUCGUCCCCUCCCUAGUAAAGCUGCAGAAAGAAGGCUUAGAUGGUCAAGAGAAGAUUAAGAGUUAUAUGUGUGUCUCGUUUUUAUCUCAAGAUGAGCUGAAGCUAUGUUUGUUGAUCUAGGACAUUUCUCUGUACGAGCCAUACAGAUUGCCUUCUCUUUUGUGGUGUUCCCAUGCCUCCUUUUUGCUUACAUGGGUCCAGCUGCUUAUCUUAUGAAAUACCCUGAUUCUUCUCAUAGAAUAUUCUAUGAUUCUGUACCAGGGGAAGCCUCCUGACUGGCAAGAUUUUGUGGUUAUUAUUACUCUGCUGGUCAUCAACUCCACCAUUAGUUUCAUCAAGGAAAAUAAUGCGGGUAAUGCUGCAACAGCUCUCAUAGCUCAUCUUGCUCCUAAAGCCAAGAAAUGGUCCGAGAUUAUUGGGCAAGCACGCCAAAGUGUCGAAGUUCUUAAAGAUCAGGAAGUGAUUCGAACCGUUCUUAAUAUAUUACAGACAAACACAAGGGUUGCCAGCUCUCUUGGAACAUUUCUCUUAACCCAGAUUUCAUUGAUCUUUUUCAACAUGCUUAAUGUCUACAGGUAUAACCAACAUUUUCAGAUGUUAGUCGAGUUUCAGUUGUCCAGUUAUAUAUCUUCAUUUCAAAUAUUGUAGUGAUAUGCAUGGAUAUAUUUAUUUUCAACAGGAUGUAUAGUGAGCUUAAUUGUAUCUAGUACUAUUGCUGAAGGGGGGCCUUUCGCUUCUAAAACAUCCUAUGUAAAAUAUUGUAGUCACUGUGGUUGCUUGCAUCCCAAUCUGGUUUAUCACCGUACCACUUGUGCAUUUAUAAUAUAAAGUAAUACCUCUGGGUAUGGUUUCCCUGUAAUCUUUUUUGUUUUCUGAUUAAGAGUUUGGUUGUCUGCAGUCAAUUUCACUGAGUGUCCAUGUAACCAGUGAUGAGAAGGUAUGG